GUCCCAGCGUAAUUCCGCCGUGCGGGCGCCGCGCUGUUCUUUUGAUAAAGGAUUCUUAUGCAAGGGCGAAGGCAGACAUGGAGGAACUGAGCGCCGUGGGAGAGCAGGUUUUUGAUGCGGAAUGCAUCUUAAACAAACGGAUGAGAAAGGGAAAGUUGGAGUUUCUCGUCAAGUGGAGGGGAUGGUCAUCCAAACACAACAGCUGGGAGCCCCAAGAAAAUAUCCUCGACCCGAGACUGCUGGCUGCAUUCAACAAGAAAGAGCAGGAAAAGGAGCUUCUGCUGCGUAAAAGAGGGAAGAGGCCCAGAGGACGGCCUCGGAAAAUCCUUGAAAACAUGCCUGAAGCUCCAAAGUCGAGCAGCUCCUCGUCUGGCUCGUCGUCAUCCUCGUCCGAUUCCUCAUCUUCGUGCUCCUCUUCCUCGUCGUCCUCGGAUGAUGACGAUGACGACAAUGGCCAAGUUAAACAAGUCAGCCCAAGCGUGAGAACGAGAGAGCUGAAUCCUGUCCCUCAGAAGAAGGCACAGAUAGUCAUGGCGAAACAGGAGCCCCCCAAGAAACGGAGCAGGAAACCUCUGCCCUCCGAAGUGAAGGAGUUCCAGCAGAACAAGGGCCCGCGCAAGACAGCCAAAGAUACGGAUAUUCCAGGAGCAAUCAAGAAGCCGGUUCACCCGGCCAGCUUUACCUUCAUGGGUUUCCACCGGGGCUCAGCCAGGGAUACGGUGGGUGGUCCGAACAGAAGCUCCCUCGCCCAGGUCGGUGCUGUUAAAAACUCCUUGAGCUCUGUGGGAUCUGGCAGGCCGUUGGUCCAGCCUUCCUCUCUCCCGCUGAACAAGUCCAGCCAAAGCAGAAAUGUCACAGAGAGUAAACUUCCCGUCUCCGGUAUGAGCAGUGGGACAAGCCUGGAUUUAAAAGCAGCUCCUGUUAAAUCAAAAGGCGUAGCAGCGCUGAAUCUGAAUACAUCCAAACACCCCAUUCAAGGAACCACUCAGCAUACACUAAGCUCCCCUAAUGGACAAAAGAAACCUCCGGCCCCUGUGAUGACACCGCAGCGGACACCCGGUGCUAAAACAGCGGCGUCCUUGCCAUCUAACAACGUCUCCUCCAAUCAGGGCCUUCAGCCCCUCAACCUGCAGAACAAACUGGUGCAAAGCAAUGAUGCUCCUGGAAACGGCACGGCGCCAGUGUCAGGCCCCAGAAAUGCUGCAAACCCAGCACGGAAACCUGUGACACAAAAUCCAGAGUGUAAUCCCCCAAAGAGUCCCGCGACCCCCGGAAGACUGCAGGCCAGAAAAACACAGCCCGGCACAGACAAGGUCAGAGAGGUGAACGACAUCCAGGCCUCGAGAGUCCAAGGAAGGCUGGAGAGGAGUGGCGUGCAUAAAUCCCCCACAGAUGUCCAGAGCCAGCAGGACAGGUCGGCCUCUAAAGACGGCAAAAAAGCCAAAAUGAACGAGAUGAGCACGGGAGAGGAGGAGAGCAGCUCCGACUCGGACCAGGAUUCUUCCUACGCCGGACAGGUAGCUGUCCAGAGCCAGGACUGGAAGCCUACGCGAAGCCUGAUCGAACACGUGUUCGUAACGGAUGUCACCGCUAAUCUGGUUACCGUCACAGUCAAGGAGUCGCCGACCAGCGUGGGCUUCUUCAGCAUUCGCAACUGUUGAUUUGACUGCAAACCGGAGCAAACGGAGUGGAUUCAAGUUCUGAGACAACUGGAGAAACACACCAGGGAGUGAAUGAAUGAAUGAGUGGGUCAAUUUGUUCUUUAUCUUUUUGUAGUCAACGAUAGACUGUGAGGUAUUAAAAAAUCAUUUAUUGAUAGUAAUUAUUUAUUUGCGCAUGUAAAAAAACAAAAACAAAAAAAUCAAACUUGAUAAAAAUCCUUUCCCCUUGUGAGCGGUUCAUCAAAAUCACAUUUAGCUGUGAGCUAAAAUAGCAACGCCCCCCCCACGGGCGGCUGAAUCGGUGCAAAACAUUAGCGCUCACACAUUUAUCCACAUUGAUCUUGUGUGUGUGUGUUUGAGGUAUCCUCUGCUUUGUUAUAUAACAGCAGAUAGAAGGAAUGUCUUUAUGAAGAAAUUAUGAAAGGCUGGUGUGAGCAGGAGGUCUAGCUUCUUUUAUGGAUAGCUCAUUUAGGUUUGAAUAAUCUCUUAAUGUUGUGAAUCCAUGUCGUUAUAGCUCAGCCAGUUUAAAUCUUAGCGUUGAGUCGAUAGGGUUUAUUUUUGUAACGUUUCUGAAAUUAGCUACCUCUUGUUUGUUCAUUUCUUUGGGAAAAAAUCUCUCCAGGGUAUAUCAUCAUUGUGUUUAUAUAUAUUUUUAUAUAGGUCUCAAUGUAUUGGACUUUGAUGCUGUUUAAUUUCUGUGUACUAAAAAAAAGAAAACCCCGCAUCUGUACUGGCUCCACAUGCUGUUGAACUGUGCGCACCAUUAUCACCUCAAAGAGAAGUUUCAUUCCACAAUGUAGCCGGUUUAUCAGCGCAGUUUUCCAAAUGGGCUGAAGCAUGCACAGUCAGAUACAGUAUCUCCGUUUCCCCUCCGACGCUCAGAUAAGACUCGGCCCCAGCUGAGGUUCGCUCUUCUUCCUUUGCACCGCUUCCACGAGAUAUUCACCAGCGACUUGCGUCUUCUGUGACUUGAAAUCUUUGAGGAAAGCGGUCUUGUUGCAAAGAUCGCGGGCCGCACACCUGAGGACCCGAGCCUUUCAGACGCACCGGAAAAGGUCAGGCAUGGACAGCUUAACGACAGAUGACCGCAAAACACCAGGUUUUAUCAAGUGUGUACUGGUGUUUCGAAACCGGUGCCUAGUACUGAAAGGGCUUUUUUUUUUCUGUUUCGUUUUUUCCUGUUACUUGCAGCUGUGGUCUUCUCAUUUCACCCCUCGUGCAUGGGUUCAGGAGCUGCAGGCUCGGCCUCCCAGAGGGGAAAAAAAAAGGGGUCUGUCUGAUGUAACGGAAAAGAAACUGCAACAGUGUGCGCUACUUUCUGCUCCCUCGAGAGGAGUUCAGCAACAAAGCACUUCGUCUGAACUCUUGUGUCUAAUCCUGCUCUGCAGACUGUGCCUUUCUUUCUCUCAGACUAAACACAAAGGCAUUACCCCAAAGAUAGCUAGAAUUUCAGGUUGUUCAAUAAAGGAGUUCUCCUGAGCAUCCACUGGAGACUACGCCGUUUCUGUUUCCUCGUCUGUAUUCUUGUGAAACUGGAAGGGGAAAGAAAAGCCCUGCUGGAUGACCUGUUACAGAUGUAAAGACGAGAAAUAUUUGGGGCCUAAUUGGAACCAUACGAGUGGUGUAGGUGCAGUUUACAGAAGUAGAUUGCACUCAGCAUCAACUUUUGUUGCAUGUGUAAUAGGUACAUUUGUGGGUUUAGGGUCUUCUUCUUCAUGUAGCUGCAGCACACUGUAUACAAUGUAAAGCAAUGUACCACAGACUGGGUGUGAUAUCUGGUGUAAUCAGCACCGUGUGAUAGACUACGGGGUAAUGCAAGGUGUUAAUAUGACUUCUUAUGUUUUUAUAUUUACUUGUUUUAUUGAUAAAGGAACUUUUCAUAUACAUUUUGCCAUUUUUUUAGAUUACUAACCGUCUCCAUUGAAUGUUUUCCUUACUAUUUAUUUCAAAUUAAAAGCCUUUUGGGGGAUAGCACAGUGUCAUAAAUCCUUGUAUUGUACCACUUGUCAAAGUGACUAAUAAAAAGGUACAAACUUU